AGGAAAUGAAAACAUAGCAUAACCAUGACAUAGCACAACAUCUGUAUGCGUUGUCUUCUUUGUCCUAUUCGACCUAGAUAUGACAUUUUGAUUCUCAUUUUAUGGUUCAACUAGCGGUCGGCGCGCUGCGCCCAUGGUAUGUGAAACGGACGGAUUGCGUCGCUCGAUCUCGGAAGGGCAGCGGGAAAGAGGCGACAUCAACUAUCCCCUUUCACUCCUCUGUGAGUGACUGCAGGUCGAGGGGGUCUUGAACCCUAUGUCACCAUGUACUCCUGAAUGAGAUAGUGAGCUCUGAACUUGGUGACCCUCCUUGUCUUCGCAACUACUGGUAAAAAGAAAACCUCAAAACAAACACCUGUCACACUGACUCCGCAAUGGGCACCGAAUGACCUAUUAAGACAACGGUGGAAGAAGAAGAGUACAGAAUCCUGUAUGUAGUCCUCCAGCUUAGGCUCCUUUUGGAGUGAAGCAUCUGUCUUGCCAUCUCCCCCCAUAUUUUAGUUUUUUUGCACUUCCUGUGAGCAACUGCCCAGUCCCCCCUCGCACCUGUCAUCAUGCUGCUCCGUAUCAGGAUGGCCACUACCUAGGCCCCCCCGAUGCGUCCCUGGAGCUGCGAGUGUGAGCACUCACCCCUUCCCAGAAGUGUGCUGAGACCCACUCUGCCCCCUGCUCUCCUCGGACCCUCCUCCGCCUCUUCCUCCUCCUCAGAGAAGAUGUCUCUGCUGCAGUCCCUGGGGCCCGUGCAGAACUGGCUGGGCCAGGAGUUGGAGAAGUGCGGGAUCGAUGCCAUGGUCUACACCCGUUACGUGCUCAGCCUGCUCCUGCACGAUAGCUACGACUAUGACCUGCAAGACCAGGAGAACGACAUCUUUUUGGGUUGGGAAAAGGGAGCAGGAAAGAAGUGGCCCAGGACUCGCAGGAAGGGGGGCUCAGAUGUUAGUCUGGAAGAGAUGAAGAAACAAGCAGCUGUGCAGUGCUUGCGUUCUGCAUCUGAUGAAACAUCUGGAAUUGAGAAUCUUGUUGAGGAACUCUGCUCCAGACUGAAGGAACUGCAAAAUAAACAGAAAGAACGAGGGAGACAAACGAGCAAAAAAUCUGAAGGACUUCGUUCUCCAGAGCUGGCUGUAUCACCAUCCUUGAAAGACCAACUGGAAAUGUACAAUGAAGCCUUCCCACCCCUGUCAGAGAAAUCUGUUUGUCUUCAGGAGAUCAUGACCGUUUGGAACAAGGACAAAUCCUGCACAUCAUUCUCAGCCGCCCCAAACACCAGCGCCGAGACCUCAGCUGCUAAAGAUUGUGUCAGUGACAGUGAGGUCUCCAAGUAUGAAACCACCAAGAUCAACAGUACAGGCACCAGUACAGUCACGACAUCUGUAAUCAGCGAAAGGAUUCCGCAAAAACGCAACAAGAAAGAGAAGGAGAACAGACAGCAUGGGAUAUCUUCUUUAUUGGGAGACGAGCGAGUCUAUCAAGGCAAGAAGCAAGGCCGGAGCAGGUCAGAGGGGACGUACCGCCCCCGAUCCUGCUCCUCUGGCUCCAGCGAGGCCGGGUCCAGCUCCAGCAGUAACCAGGGUGACCACGUGAGACGAUCCACCAGCAAGACCACACAGAUGAGGCACAAGUCCCGUGAGAGAGGCACAACCCGAGGCAAGAAACUCCGUAGCCAAGGGCAGGUGAAACUGUCCUUCAAGGCGCUUGAGAAAGAGGAGCGCCGAAGCGCAGUGGGAGGUCCCGCCAAACAACAGCUACCAGUCUGCAGCGCAAAAAAGGGAAAGAGGUCUCUUAAAGAAACCCGAAAAGAGCCUUGUGGGGUUGAGCUUCACGACGGAAGGAGCAAGAAAGAGUUUGUAGAAGAACCACUAUGGUACACAGAACCCCUAACAGAAUACUUUGUUCCUUUAAGCUGCAGGAGGAGCAAGCUGGAAACGACGUACAGGAACAACCCAGACUCUCCUACAAGUGGAGACAAAGUGGAGAUGGACAGGCUGGCGGAGCAGAUGCAAGGGAUUUGUUUUGCGAGUGAUGGUUUCCAAAGGGCUUACCUGGCCGCGGGGACAUUUGUCGACGGGCACUUUGUCGAAUUGCCAGGGGAGGGCACUGAGGAGCUUGUUGACUUCAACAGGACCUCGUACAGCCUUCAAUACGAGGAGAGUAGUAGAGAAGAUUUAGAUGACGAGCAUCUGUCCGAAUUCACUGACUUCUAUGAAGUCGAUAUUUAUCCAUCCAUGUUGGAUCCUGGUGCCUCAGACUCUGUCCAAGAGAGUCGAAUCCUGAGUAUGAUUCGCCAAAAAAACAAUGAACAAAGAGAGUCUGAGGGAGAAUGUUUAGUGCUAGACGGCCCUCCACUGCAUGGGAAAAGUGCAAUAAAUACAGAGUCACUGGUGGGAGCCACGGGGACUGAGGGGGGGUUUCUUUGGGAAGAUUUUGAGAGUAUCGCCCAUGUCUGUGAAUGUUACUCGUCGUCCAGUUCGGGCGACGUGGACCGAGAGAGCUUUGUGGGCGACUCCCCUCCUCACCAGCUCUCCCCAUCAUUUGAUAAUACAAUGUUUAGUAUGUGUGACGUGUCCGAGGAUUCCCAUGCUGCGGAGGUCGCUGGUGGCGAUGGGCCACACCUGAGCACCAGCUGCUUCUCGCUUUUCGAGUUGCAGUGCGACAGCCCCACUUGUUGUUUUCCAUGCGACCCCAUCACCGGCUGUCGGCUUGAGACAACAAACGAAGCCGGUCUAGAUAGCUCUGGUGUAGAUCCGCACGGUAACGGCGGCAAGAAGCAGUCUCGCUUGCUCAUUUGGACCAAAAAUAGUGCCUUUGACGGAACUGAAUACUGUUCUAACCUUUCGACGAGGACUUGCAGCCCUUGGUCUCACUCGGAGGAGACUCGUUCAGACAAUGAGCAAAUAAGCGGUCCGGCCGAGGAGCUGCCUGUGAUCACCGGCGAUGAGAUGACGUCAGUGAUCCCGUACAUCCCAGCCACAUAUCUGGAGGAGGAUCUUCUUGACUUCCUGAAGGACGCUGCAGAGGUACCACAAGAACAGGCGACGCCUACAGUUUCAAAAACCAACGUAUCCAAACUGGAAUCGAUUUGCGGUAUACCAUUAGAGACAGAAGAGGGCGAGCAGUACAACACUGGCAUAUUUGAUGAUGCAAAUCAACAGAACAAAGACUACACCUCAGGGAUUAAUAAGGACAUUUGGACGGCUAUCGGCGAUCCGACACAGGCCGAGGAGAAACCUCCGUAUGAGGGGCUGCUGCUGGAGGAUUUAAAGGACUACCACUGUGGCUGCAAUGAAGUUAAGCUGAGCGGCACUGCACACCCACAGGCCUCGCAAAAAAAGGCAGUGCAGUGUUCAGUCUAUCACUUGUGGGAGGAGGGCGACGCCGGUCAAGAAUUGGCCAAAAAUAAGCUGUCCAAGGUGGAAAGUGGCGACUACAUGACCCCGUUAAAGCCCUGGGACACGCUCCCAGACAAAGACAGCACAUCUUUUAUCCUUGGGGGGGUGUACGGGGAACUCAGGUCUUUCGGAGGCGGCGAUCACGACUGGGCUGCCAUUCCAUCCGGUAACGCCCAGGGCCUGCUGCAGUGUGCUGCUGCUGCCGCGGCCUCUGACGUGGUGACCAUUGCAGGCACUGACGUGUUCAUGAACACAGGAGCCUGUUUUGCUCCUGGUAGCAAGCCCAUCUGGAGGCCGCUGGUCUCUUUUGGGCAGAGCGACCACCAAGGGGUGAAGAGAGACGGACUGACCAAGGGUUUCUCAUUUAUCUUCCAUGAAGAUUUAAUAGGGACGUGCUCGGGCCUGUACGGGGAUGAGCCAGACCAGGACUACUCGUUCUCGACGUUUGGCCUGAGCAGUCCUUUCUCACAAGUGCUCCGUGUGGAGUGUUGCUUUGAGCCCAAUGACAUGACCUCACUGAGUCCGGGGUUCAAGCCCAAGUCCAUUCUCUGCUCGGACUCGGAGAGCAGCAGCAGCAUCUUCUCCUCUCGGCUGUAUGGCAUCAACCAGACUCAGUACCGUGCCAUACGCAUAUCCCCGAGAACUCACUUCCGACCAAUCUCCACCUCCGAGCUCUCCCCGGGCGUGGCGAGCGAGUCUGACGUGGAGUCCGAGAAAGAGGAGAGCAGUCUUCCCGCUCUGGUCCAGGCCAAUGUGUUCGAAGACCCGCAGGCCGACCUCAAACCCCUGGAGGAGGACGCCGAGUGCGAGGGACCGUAUUACGGCAAGUCAGAACUAGAGUCUGGGAAAUAUUUGCCCAGGUUAAAAAAGUCCGGCAUGGAGAAGAGCGCUCAGACCUCGUUGGACUCGCAGGAGGGCUCUUCUGGCGCGCUCUUGUCGGUGCCGGAGCAGAACUAUGCUGCCGACUGUCAGCUCCUGGCGGCGGCGGCGGCAGCAGUGGAGUCCAUGUCGGUGGAGAUGACAGCAGAGCAGUUGUCCUCCAGUGACGAGGCUCAACGGGAGGAGCCCAGCAGAACAGGGGAGGCACUCGCGCUUCCACAUCAGCAGGGGACAAUGGUUCACCUUGACAGAUUGCAUGAGUUAUCUAUUUUGGAUGACAAGGAUGAUGAGAGGGCUGACUCUCAAGACAGUGACUGCUACUGGCAGAGUUCUCUUAUAUCCCCUGUCUUCUCUGUGUCACAGUGCACAGGUAGCGGCACAAUGUGACAUCCUCAACUUCAGUCUGGAACAGUGGCAGAGUGAAAACAAGACUGAAAACUCUAAUAUCUCCACAUCAUAAGUUUCCCUUUCUUCCCCACUCACACAACUUCACUGAUCUUGUGUGUUUACCGGUAUACAAAAAAGAAAAGAAACUUGGUAGAAAAAAAAGGAAUUUGUAAGAUAUAUCUUUUGAUGGAGUUGUAUGGGGCAUUCAUUUUUCAUUGUUUGUUCAUAGUUCCUCUAAACGAAUUAGUCCUCAUUGACCAGGAAGUCAAAGCAUUUACACAGACAGUCUCACGUGACCUCAUACAUAUUUUCUUUCCCACGGUCUGUUAUGAUUUUGAAAAUAGCUGUUAAAUCAUUUUUAACGUUUUGUGCAUGUUCCUUCGACACUUGACGUAGUCUCCGAAAGGAAAAUAAAACACUCAAAAACAAAAAGACAAAAACAUAAAAGAAGAAAAAAGAGAGAAAAAAUAUUUUGUCCCUAGUUUUCAGAACUUUUAUUUUGCUCUGUUGAGGAUUUGAGGAGAUUUUUUUGAGCGGAUGAGUAAUUCUUUUGAAUGGAGACUUGCUUUUGAUUUUAAGUCGGCGCCCCUUGCUGCUCUGACCACAGGGAGUUAGUGUGCACCUUUCCUCAUGUCCUUCUUUACAACAAAUAUGAGAAGUUUUAUUUUUGUGAUUGCUUUUUUGUUUCUCUUACAUGCAAUAUAUGCUCUAAAAAGUCACUGGAAACAAAAAGAUAAAAAAAAAUAAAAAAAAAAAUCCUAACUUUGAGUUACAUAAUGUGACACUAAAUAAGAUUUUUCCCUCUAAAAUUGGUGCUUUUUUUUUUUUUUUUUUUUUUAAAGGUUUUUCGUUUUUAAUUAAUAGAAGACUAAAAAAAGAGUCUAAUGAGAAUUACUGUGCAGACCAUACUCCAAAGUAGAUUUAGCUUUCAAGACCUUGACAUGAUUCCUGAUUUUGAGAUAUUAAUUAAAUAGUCAAUUUAUUUUAAAUUCCCCACCUCUUAACGCUUCCAGAUUUAAGAAUAUACACACCCACGUGCUACAAAGUUGAGAAAAUAAAUAAGAUAAAAUAAAGUUGCUUAUUUGCCCAUUUUGUGUAACUUCUAUGGUUAUGUGGCUGUGGCUACAGUUUGUCCAUACCCAUUUUGUAAAUUAUUUAUUGUCUCGAGAGGUCUCAAAGGUUUGUUGACCUAUGCAAAAGUCAUCAUAUGUAGCACAUAUGCAAGGUGAGGUUUUUUUAGUUAAAAGACUUGGGCCUUCGGUGGGUUACAUGCUUGGGAUGUUGGUCAUGUCACUGCAUGUAGCAUAGGCGUUUGAAACUUUCCUUCCUUACCCCCCUCUUCAUCCGUGUGCACCUAGACUGCUUUUUCUGCUUCUCCAAUACAGCAUCAUUUUUUAAUUGUGUGCUGCUGCUGCGGAAAUUUGAGUAGUUUGCUGAGCAGUGCAUGACAUGAUGCUACCUGAUGUGCCCGUGCAACAGUUACCUUUUUUGUGUGUUUCUGUUUGUUCAUAAAAGUAGAUAAAGUUCCAGUGUAGUGCAAAAAAACCACAACAAAUCAUAACGGAAAAAAACCUUUUUUUCUUAAAUAGAGAAGGCUUCCAUCAACUAUGCAAGUUAAGUUCCUCCGAUGGCUUCAUCAGAAAUUCAGCAUGUAGCUCUUGUUAUAUUUUACAUCCCUGUCUCGUUUGGAACUUUUGUUUACCAAAUGUACAAUCCAAAUAUUGUGUGUGUGUGUGUGUGUGUGUGUGUGUGUGUGUAUACACACAUGUAUGGCACAAUUUGACCUUUUGUAUUGCUCUUAAAACUCAAUUCAUGUGGGCCUUGUGACUGUCUAAGUUUUACAUUUUUUUAAAUCCUGAGCAUAAUUGGCCAAGAAACCCUUAACUUGCAUAGCUGAUGAAAGAUUCCCUGUGAUGAAAAGUACAAUUGCAUACAGAAAUAUUAUAUAAUCAAUCCGUUCCAUAAGAUGGGGCGGGUUCUCAGGAGUGGGUAAAAAAAAGCUCAGAAAAGACUGUUUGCUGCACGUCAACAGGUACAGAAAACAAAAAAUAAACAAAAAAAUGUUUUUAAAUGUUUAAA